AUGUAUUUGCUGCGUCAGUAUUUAUCCAUUUGGGUGACUGGAAAAGUUGUUUAAACUUCAAAAACAAGUUAGAAAUAUGAUUUUAAGUGCGUAUUUUCUAUCAACAAAACGUUCAAAUGAUACAGAUGAGUAAUUUCCUUCGCGGAAAUAAGGAUUUGUAAUUGGUCAAUUUUCGUGACCUGACAGCCAGACCUGAUACGCCAUCUUGGUAUCAGGCAUAUGUGUUUCCUGCUAAGAUUCACUGUUCCUCUCUUCCGGGUGUGGAUAUCGAAUGUUUUGUGAUGACAUAGGGCUUCAAUGAAGCCAGGAUGAUCCCAGAGAAAGGAUUUGACACAGAUUUAAUAAGCCAAUAGGCCAACAAAGGUAGACAGUUGACCCCUGAGGACUUGCAAUAAUGCCGCCCCCUCCGCCUCCCCCACCCCCAGGGGCACCCCCUCCCCCCACAGUCAAAUCCAGUGGUCGUGCCCCAGCUAAGAAAUCAGGAGGUGCACCAGAGCGAGGGGCUCUACUCAACGCGAUCCACAAGGGGGCAGCACUAAAGAAAACGGUCACCAAUGACCGUAGUUCCCCCUUAGUUGGAGGUAACAAGCCUUCGCCUGCUAGUGGUGGCCGUGGAGGCCCGCUAAUGCCCCCUGGUGGAGGGGCCAGCAAAUUCAACACAGUGGCAUGCCACGCUAACCGGCCCAACAGUAGAGAUAUACCUAACUCCUGGCGUGGCUCACAAGAUGAUGGAGUAGCCAAAAAUAAUAUGAUUAACCAGAAACGAAAGCAGAGUCUCCCAAGUUCCCCAAACAUUAAACAACCGCUGAAGCCAAGCUAUUCUGACGGUGGGGGGACCCCCACCCCACCAGCAGGAGGCCUUGGGGGUCUGUUUGCCGGCGGGCUUCCAAGACUACCCAGUGCUAACAAGAGACAACCAGGAGGUCCAAGAGCUCCAGGACCAGCUCAAGCCCCUCGUCCCCCUGGGCCCCGCAUGGCAAAUGGACCAUCAGCAAUAUCAAACGGUCCAACGCAAAAAAUUGGUGGGCGUCUACCGCCUCCACCAUCAAACACAAAACCCGGUCUGAACCCACGGCCCACAUCCAACGGACAGAGCCGACCUGGACCCCCCCCGCCACCACCCGCACAUAAUAAGCCGGGCAUGGCUGGUAGCCCAGGAAAGCUGUCAAAUGAUGACAGAAAUGGUCAUGUGAGAGGAAGUAAUACCUCAUUGAACAGUAACUCAUCAAGACUUUCCAAUAGUGGAGAAUAUAAUAUAAAUUCUAUAAACAAUAAUGCUCGACCGAGGUCAGGGGUCAGCGGUGGUGUUCCGAGGUCACAACCUCCCCCGCCCCCAAAUCGACCUCCCCCUACGACAGCCCCUGGGAAGCCUUCAGGACAAUGGCCACCUCCCCCGCCCCUACAAUCGGCAAAAGCGCCAGGGGCACCACCCCCUCCCCCACAAUCGGCGAAAGCGCCAGGGGCACCACCCCCUCCCCCACAAUCGGCGAAAGCACCGGGGGCACCUCCCCCGCCUCCACAAUCAUCAAAAGGGUCUGGGGCACCUCCCCCACCACCCCCACAGUCAGCUAAGAGUGGACCUCCACCUCCUCCUCCUCCACAGUCGGCCAAGGUGCCAGGAAGUAGGCCCCAGAGUAUGGUUGGUAGACCACUACCACCACCACCCUCACAGGGGGCACCACCUCCUCCUCCUCCUUCCAACAGGCCGCCUCCUCCUCCGUCAUCGAUGUUGAAACCAACAAAUGGGAAUCGACCACCUCCCCGGACAAAUCAGCCCCCACACCCUCCCCCUGCAAGCCAACCUCCAUCUCGACAAGGUGGUCCCCCACCGCCGCCUCCAACAAGAACCACAUCAGCGAAUCAUGGUGGAACUUUACCACGUAACCCAGCAGUGAAGCCACCUCCCCCACCCAUGCGGGUCCCCACGAGCACAGUUGCUAUGCCCCCAAACCCUCCACAGAGGCGGUCGGGCAACUACUCCGGUGGAACAGAUGAUUUUGAAAACAGAUUCAGAUUUCACAAUGCAAAUGAGUGUCCACCUCCGGAGCCAUUUAGUAAAAUCAACAAGACAUAUCCAAGUAAAAAUCCUAGAAAUCCAGGUAAAAACACAGGAGCGAGGGCACCUCCACCGCCCCCUCCAAAGUGACAAGUUUGAUGACCUAGGAUUAAUUCAUCAAAACCUCUAUAUGCAAAAGACUGUGUUUGCAUUCAAUUCAAGUGAAGUGCAAUGUGCAUUACUUGUAGCUCAGGCAAGGACAAGUCUACAAGCAACAGUCAUUAAUUUGUAUUCUAGUUCCGAUCAACAGCAGACAUCUAGGAUCGUUUUGUUCUAUGAAUUCGGUCGUUGACCUGUGUAUUUGUUCAGCAACCUUUAUAUCAGAUCAACGCUUGCGGUGUGUUCAUCCGGACAGUUCAUGGGGAAGCUCCAGAUUAGGGAAAAGACAAUUAUCAAGUUUCCCAAAGGGAGAUAAUCCUGUUUCUUUUAUUAACAUCUGACAGCUCUUGGUAUAGAACAAACGUCAGUUGAUUGUCAGGUGUAUAUAAAACUCACAUCAACAUGUCAAUUUUGUAUUUUUCUUUGAAGAUAUUACACUGUUGAUUUCUAUUUAUAUGUUUUUGUUUGCUUAAUAUGAAUAUAUCCAUGAAAAUCUUGCACACCUACAACUGGUUUUCAAUCUUUUGUAAAUUAUUCUCAUUACUUUAAUUAACAGACAUUUCUUUUGAGGAUAUUAAGAUGAAUAGCAAACUAUGCAAAAAUGGCAUCUGCUAUGGUGUAACACUUCUAUUUUAUUGUAAGACUGGAAAUUGCCAGUGAUGGAAUAUCUGCAGAGCAGUAGAGAAUUGACACUGUCACCAUCAGUUUUACGUACACCUUGACUGAUCUCCUGGUCUGUUCUGUAGUUUGUCAUCUGUGAUAUGUAAAAUUAAAUUUGUUACAUUUAUACACCUAUGUUCUUCAUCAUGAGUGCUGUUAUAUUUACAUAUUUAUAUGUAUUUGUACUAUCUACUUAAACUUAUAUGAGGAGGGAGAGCCUGCCCUCACAUGACCAUUUACCUGUACAUUCUGCUUUGCGAUUGCCAUGCAUAGCUAAAAUAAAACUCCACAAAGUGAUGCUUGGACAUGCUUCAAGCCAAACAGUAGUGCGAUGCUUGCCCGUUAGGCUUGUGUUCUUUUCAAAUGAAAUUUGUAAAAACUACAUAUGUCGGCUCAGCUUACUUAAAAACCAUGUUAUAAAAUUUGAGAAAAGAAUAAAUCUUUAUAAAGCUUAAAAUAUUCAAGUUGGCACACACCUUGCAUGCAAUUUGCCACUCGUUUAAAACCAGUUUCAAAUAUUUCUUCAUGUCUUGUUUGUAAAUUUUCAGUUAGAUGCUGAUUGAUAAGUGUUUAAAGAAAAUCAAUAUCCACCAUGAAAAAAAUGUGUAUUAAUGGCGCAGAUUAAUACUGAAAUAUUUAGUUAAAUGUAUUGUAUGGUGUUGAAUUUUGAUACAAAUUCCAUUUUUAUCAGGAGAAGUAACUACACAUCAGAUUUUUUUAUCUUUAACUUUGAUGUAAAUUUUUUAAUUUACUCAACCAUUCCUUCUUGUGUAUAGCACAAAUAUUUGUUUUGCAACAUAACUGACUAUAUGAUUAAUAUAUAUAAAGUUCAGCAUAUUAUAGUAUGAUAAUAAUGUUAUAUACUAAGGAUUUUAAUUCAAAGCUAACUGUAAUACAGAAAUUAAAUCUUGUUGAAAUUGUUUUCAAAAAGCAAUACUUUAUAGCAUGUUAUACUCUAAGAUUUAAUUGAGAUUAAAAAAAUUGGCAGUGUAGGGUGACAUUGUCUUAACAAAAAUAUUUCUGGUCAUUUAAUUUAAUUUUUGGGAAAUUAAAAUAAAAUGUUACACCUGGAAAGAAAGGCUAUCUUCCUUAUAAUAUCAAACUGCUGCUUGAUAUUAUAAAUCUUUGAUGAAACAGAUAUUUAAUAUGAUAUCGAACAGAUUUAUCUGUUAACAAAUUUUUCUAAUGGGCAAAAUUCUAAAAAUAUUGUCCCUUUUUUGUACACUGACAAGAAACGAAAUUAAUCCAAUUAAGUUUAAACAUUUUAAUUAAUAUUAGCAAAUCAUUUUUAUUUCAAUUUUUCAUAGAUCUACAAUUAUCUGGGAAAUAUACCCACCCCACAACUACAUAAUGAUAAUAAGAUAUUAUUUAUUGAAAUUUUAUCAUCAAUACAUUCCAAAACCUUUGAUUGAUCUUAUGACAAAUUUGUCAUAAAAUCUGAUAUCAAUCUUGUUUCAGACUCCAUGAGAAUGAUUUAAGUGACUCUGGCUCAGAGUGGAAGUAAAGAGUUUUUGUGACAGAUUUUGCUUUCAUACCUUUCACAAAUACAGUAUUUCUCAAAUAUUUUACUUUAUUUGACAAAAAAGACAUGUAAGUUCCUCGUUGAAAAUAACAUUGAAGUAAGGUUGAUGUUGGAAUAUCAAUAUUUGCAAUCUUUGGUAUGAAAUAAGUUAAUUAGUAGUUUAUCUAUAAGAAUAAUAAAAAGAGGAAUAGAAAUGAUUUUUUUUUUUAAAAGUGACUUGCAAAAUUCAAUUCUUACAAUGAUACGAACUCGUGACAUUUCAUAUACAUGGAAAUGAGUAACUAUACAAUUUGCUAUGUUAAGCUGAUUGUUAAAGGUUUAAUGGUUUACAUUACUUUAUACCUUGUAAUUGCCCAUAUAUGUCAUGGGAGGAUUUUAAUAUGAAAUUCUUAUAAUUAGAUGCGUAUGAAAAGAGAAUCACGGGAGCAGUGUCCAAUAUAUAUUCUCAAAUUAUUAUUCCCAGAAAUUAUAACUAUAGUUCACAUAUAUCAAAGACGUUUAUUGUAGGAAAUCCUAACCCAAGUUUCCUCUGUCCAUGUCACAAGACAUUUUGACAGAUAUAUGUCUGGUGUGGGGCCGGAGGAAACUUGGGCUAAGGAAAUCUAUGAGAGUAUAUAACGUUAUAGUAUUACUAGCUGUUUAAGAAUUAGGGGAUAUACAUUUAUUGUCCAGAUGCCUUUUAGUCCUUGUGAUUUCAGUUAUACUAUGAUCAUGUCCUAGAAUAUAUAUCUUAAUAUGAAAAACCUAUACAUGCCCAGAGGAUUGAAAUGAGAGGAAUGUAAUACUAUCCUCGUUUAAAGUAGGUAUUGGUACGUAAUUCCAUGCAAAUGUGAUUAAGAUUGAUCAUGUCAGCUCAAUAAAAUAUUUCAUUAUGUUUUCAGAUUUUUAAUUAAAAAUAUUUAAAAGAUUUAAUUUAAAAUAUUAGAACUAAAGUUGAUAUACUACCAGGUAAUACACAUUUUAUCUUUGUAUACAAGAUUUAAUUCCCACUCAUUAUGGCCUAUGGUUAUGGAUAAUUGAUAGCUUGGGGGGGGGGGG